UGUUAAUUAAUGAUAUUCACAAUCGAGUGAAAAUCGUUCAAGCAGCGAAGCGCAUUUACCUGUCCUGUCCAUUUCGCUGGUAUUGAAAGCCUUUGACGAUGUCUUCGAAGCUCUGAACUUGUGUUGAUCGUCGAUAUAAUUACCAAUAUAUGGCGUGAAGCAGGGACAACGUUUGUCAGAAAUCCAGAGUCCAUCCACGCAAUUUUGCAGCGACGUGAUAAUAAUUUUUUUCUAACCAUCUCCGCGGAGAGAUCGAAUAUGAAUGAAGUAGUCUAUCGCUGUCGUGCUUGGCUUCGUAUUAACAAACCGGACUCUAUUCCUGGAAAUUUUCUUUUGUUUUAAUUUCUGGCACAAUAACCUCAUGGAAGACGAAACAUCGGUUCGAGUGGCUUUGAGGAUUCGUCCUCAAAGCGCCGCCGAGCGAAUAGACAUGUGUAGAGUUUGUACUUGCGUUACUCCAGGACAUCCUCAAGUUGUUCUCGGAAAAGACAAGGCCUUUACGUUCGAUCAUGUAUUUGACAUCGAGAGUAAACAGUUUGUGAUCUAUGAGCAGUGUCUUAGAGGACUCGUUGAAGGCUGCCUUGAUGGCUAUAACGCUACAGUCCUUGCUUAUGGGCAGACAGGAGCUGGCAAGACAUACACAAUGGGGACAGGGUUUGAUGUUACUGUGACACAAGAAGAGGAGGGAAUCAUUCCGCGAGCUGUUGCACAUUUAUUUGAGGGAAUCGACAGAAGAAAACAAGAUGCCAAACAAAGAAAUGAACCUCAGCCUGAUUUUAAAGUCACUGUUCAAUUUAUGGAGCUUUAUAAUGAAGAACUUAUGGAUUUGUUUGAUUUGGAUAACAAUAAGGGUCGGAAGAGUAAUGUAAAAAUUCAUGAAGAUGCAAAUGGAAAUAUUUAUACUGUGGGUGUCACUAUGAAGCCAGUGAACUCAGCACAAGAUACUCUAAAUUGUCUGCAACAAGGAGCCUUAUCUCGUACAACUGCCAGCACAAACAUGAAUGCACAGUCAUCAAGAUCUCAUGCCAUAUUUGCUAUUCAUGUCAAGCAGCAGCGUGUCGUUAAGCUAACAGAUGGUGAUGACAAGCAAGGUUCUGAAAAAAUCAGUAACUAUGAAUAUGAGAUGCUUACAGCCAAAUUCAACUUUGUGGAUCUUGCUGGCUCUGAGAGACUCAAAAGGACUGGGGCAACUGGUGACCGGGCGAAAGAAGGCAUCUCUAUCAACUGUGGUUUGUUGGCCCUUGGGAAUGUUAUCAGUGCUCUUGGAGAUGCUACCAAAAGGGGAAGCCAUGUUCCUUACAGAGAUUCCAAACUCACAAGAUUACUCCAAGAUUCUCUGGGAGGCAACAGUCGCACUCUCAUGAUAGCCUGUGUUUCGCCAUCUGACCGAGACUUCAUGGAAACCCUGAAUACACUCAAGUAUGCAAACCGUGCUAGAAAUAUCAAGAACAAGGUGACUGUGAAUCAAGAUAAAGCAAGUAAACAGAUGGCUGCAUUGAGGCAGGAGAUACAGAAACUUAGUCUAGAGCUGACAGAAUAUAAACAGGGGAAACGAAUUUCUGGAGUGGACGGUGAGCAAAUCAGUGAUGUUUGCCAUGAAAAUGUGAUGCUAAAAACCGAAAAUGACAAACUUCGUGUGCGUAUCAAGGCCUUGCAGCAGACUAUUGAUACACAGUCAGUCAGAAUAGCGGACCUUAUCUCCUCUCAAGUUUUGGCGUCUAUGAAUGGUGAAGGUGUUGAUGGAGGAGUGGAAGAUCUCAUCCAGAAAUAUUUAAAAGAAAUUGAAGAGCUCAGAAAUAAACUUACGGAAAGUGAAGCCAUGGCAAUGGCCAUAACACGUCAUGCCACAUUGAAGUCUCGGAUGACGUCACCGUCAUCCCAGGAGUCGACCACAUCUGUACUGGAGAUGGCAAAGAUGGAUGUGGCGAAACAGCGGCAAAAAGCACAGAAACUGAACCACAAGGAAGAGGGAGCAGAUCAGCCUUGGGGUGAACAAAGCAGUGAUGAAAGCAGCAGUGAGGACGAUGAAGAAAAUGAUGAAGAUCAAUCGGCGGGAAACGAAGGACGAAGCGAUGACGUUGAUGAUGGUGACGAUGAUGACUCUGAUGACGAUGACGCUGUUCAAGAUAAUGAGAACGACCUGUCAGGCGACUUGGCGGACCUGUCAACAGAGAUAUCCAUCAAGGAAAAACUCAUCGACGAGCUGGAGACGAGUCAGAAGAAAAUCCACACUCUGAAAACUCAAUACGAAGAGAAACUGUCUCUUCUCCACAACAAGAUCAAGGAGACGGAGACAGAGAGGGAUCAGGUUUUGCAAAGUGUCAAAAAUCAAGACUCGAAAUCGGGUGAAAAGGUUCGACAAAUCCGCGACGAAUACGAGAAAAAAAUUAGUCGGCUGCAGGGAGAACUGAAGAAGAUGCAGGCCGCCAAGAAAGAGCAUGCGCAGCUUCUUAGGCAGAAAGCGCAAAAUGAGCAGCAGCUGAGAACUUUCCAAGCUGAACUGAAAGAGAUGAAGAAGACUAAAGUGCGUCUUAUGAAACAAAUGAAGGAAGAGGCGGCCAAGAGCAAGCAACAGGAGGCGCAGCGGAAUAAAGAGAUUGCACAACUGAAGAAAGAGUCACGGUUGAGACAGAUGACAAUUAAGAAUCUGGAAACAGAAAGACGACAGCGUGAAGUAGUACUCAAGAGAAAACAGGAGGAGGUAAAGGCCCUCAGGCGUCAACAGAAACCCAUGUCUGGCCAACUGGGAGCACAACGAAGCCAGGCAACCCUGUUAACAGUACGUGAAGUGAAUGGUGUGGAUGCCAGCUCAUACACCAGCUCCUAUACGUCGUACAGCAGCUCAUCAGUAUCCGUGUCCUCUUCCUCAACCUCAAGAUUUUCAGGAGCAGCCAGUCGACCGUCGGGAUUGCCUGUGAAAUCCCCGAGAAGAAAGAGCUCUGUUCAACAGGCGUCUCGAAGUGCGAAGAAGAAAUGGGAUGUCAUUGACAAGAAGAUAACGUCAUUGAUUAUCAAGCGGCAAACGAUUGCAAAUAUGGAAUCGGAUAUGGAUCGCUGGAUACAGGACAGAGAUCGCCUCAGUAAACAGCUAGAGAAGUGUCAAAUGAAAUAUGACAAUGCUACAGUUCUGCAGAAGGAAGAAAGUAACGUACAAGAACUGAAAGAGCAGCUGGAAGCACUGACGGCGCAUAUGGACUAUGUGCAAGAUAACAUUACGGACUGUCAAACAAGCAUCAUGGAGAUGGAGGAGCAAGGUGGAGACACUGCUGAGAUAGGAGAAUUUUUCGCCACCUGUACAAUAACAGAGGCACGUAUCCUGUUGGAGCACUUCUUGACUAAAGUGAUAUCUCUGGGUCAAGAAGCCGCCUCUAAAGAAGCCGCGGCAAAAGAAGUCCAAGCCCGUCUCAAUGCCAUGAAGCAGCACAACGAACUUCAACAAGAACUAUUGCAACACGUGCUGCAGUACCACGAUUCGUUCAGCAGCAUCGAGAAUCUCGCCGCCGCUGCUAUGGGAACGGAUUCGGAGCUCAGUGGUUCGGAGCUUAGAGAUCGGUUAAUGGGAUCUUUGACGAGCCUGGAUUCGUUGAAAGAUGAAGCCGGAACGCUGUCGAGUUCUAGCGGUGGCACGUUAAAAGAUUUUAAUGGUGAAGUAGCAUCUCAAGCACAAGCUAAAACAAAAGACAAGGCGCGUCGUAGAACUGGAACCCAGGAAGAGUUCUUGUACCCGGACAAAGUCAAAACGAGGAGAGACGCCCGGCUUGACACAGUUGAAGACGAAGACGAGGCUUCUGCUGCUUCGGUACCGAGCCUCGCCUUGGUGCCCGUGCUUCCCUUUGCAGGGGAACCGAAGGGAUCCCGUCAGAUUUCCCCUGAACUAAUGCAAAAACUGCUUGAGCUGGAAAAGUCUCGUAAAGCGCAGAGCUCAGAGGCUCUUAUGCCACCCCCUCCUGGCUCUCAAGGCAACCAGAACCAGAGUCAGGGGGUACCACCCGUCAAGACAUCUAGGUCCAACUCCUUAAAUGGUAAUAACUCGGCACCGCUCCCUGCCUCGCUAGUGCGCGGAAAUGUCAAAUCCAAGUCAGCGAGGAGUUUUCCUGUCAGUAGGUUCGGAAGUUCGGGAUCUGGUGUCAGUAAUCUGCCUAGGUCCCAGCCCACCUCUCCUGCUCUUCAUAGGAAGUCGUUGCCGGAUAAACCUGGAGCGGGGAUGGAUGACAGUGUUGUGGUUCAGAAGACCCCAGAAGACGUAUUUGCUCGUCUGACAAGUAGUCUGGCUCAGGAAUCCGACCCUGAUAUUGGCAGAAUGCUUCCCCUCCGUCCCCCUGCAGGGAAGCCUGCUCCUCUUGUGUGUACAUACGCCGCCACUGGGCACAAUAGUGCUGUUUUAUCUCUUGACGUAACAGAAGACUUGAUGUUCACCGGUUCGAAAGAUCGCACUGUCAAAGUUUGGGAUCUGAAUACGGGUGAAGAAACACUCUCUUGUGCUGGUCACAAGAGAGAUGUAGUAGCCGUACGUUACUGUCCUAAAACACAGCGGGUUUUUGGUGCAGCACAAAAUGUUAUUAAGGUUUGGGAUAUCAGAGAUGGCAAAUGUAUCAGGAGCCUUACACCGCCCGGAUCCUCUCUCGGUUCAUUUCUAUCCAACAUGACGUCAGAGACUCAAAUUAACGACUUGAAACUGUCCGCCAAUGGUUCUCUGCUUUAUGCUGCGAUGGGUACCACGGUCAGGAUCUGGGACCUAGAAAGUUAUUCCAUGACAGGUAAGCUCGGUGGUCACGCCGGGCCUGUUAUGACGGUGUUACUUCGAGAAACCAAUAAAGAAUCUGUCGUGUUCACUGGGUCGCGAGAUCAUUACGUUAAGAUAUUUGAAGUAAAUGGUUCUAACGUCGGUGUACAGUCGGCUAAGAGCAAACUAGAACCGCCUCACUAUGAUGGUGUUCAGUCAUUGGCUCUCAAAGGCAAAUAUUUGUUCAGUGGAUCACGUGACAAUAGUAUCAAGAAAUGGAACAUUGAAACACAGCAACUUAUACAGCAUAUGACGGCAGCUCAUAAGGACUGGGUCUGUGCAUUAGAUUUCUUACACCCUCAAGACGUGCUGCUUAGCGGUUGCCGCGGUGGUAUGCUAAAAUUAUGGCGGGUGGAAACUGGAGCUCCAGUCUGCGAAAUCAAAGCUCACAGGCAUCCCAUUAAUGCUAUUUGUACAAAUUCGUCUUGUGUAUUUACUGCGUCAAGUGACAGGUUGGUUCGUCUGUGGCGUGUCACUGGUUCGCUGGAUGAACAAUUAAAUGAAUCGGAUCGUUCUGUUGAGGUGUAAUAUGGCUUUGUGAAAUAAUUUUUUUGCGAUUUGAAGACUAUGAACUAAAGAGUUUUCUUCUAUUUUCCUCAGAAUUGAAUUUUGCCAUUUUGUAAAUAAAUUAAUUGAUAUGCUAAAUAAAAGGCAC